AUGGACAACCCACCUGACGUCGAAUCAGCCUUCCUAAUUUACAAUUUUGAAACCAGUCAAAAUCGAAAUGCUGAAAAAUCGAACAUUAUAAAGCAGUUUAACAAUAAAAUUAAGCGAAAUGAACAGGUCCUACUAAACAGCCACUACCAACAUGUGAAUAAUUUUUCCUACUCUACAGAUAUAUUUCACAAUUUUUAUAAAAUAACAGAAUAUUAUUUUUUAAAAUAUGUUAACAGUAUUAUUAUUGAUUCUACCCUACUUUUUAAAUGCAUUCACCAGGUAAAAGGUGGCUCCUCUGGUUUGGCUCAAAAUGGCCAGGAGAGGUUACAAAAGCGUUUUUGCCCAAGUGAGGAAGCUGAGGGGGGGAACAAACUGGUGGCGAAUUUGGAAACGAACAAUGAAGUGGCAGCUGACUUUACCUUCGAUUGUGUAAUUCUGCGCAACUUUAUAGAAAAUUUCAAAAGGCUGAACAAUUCAAGUGUGCGAGCUGCCAAAUCGGGUGGAAAGGAGACCAGAAAAAAGGGGUCGCAAAAAAAAGACGUUAGUGAAGAUUCGGACGGGAGAAGCACCACCAAAAAUGCAGAAACCAACCCUAGAGGUGGCACAGAGGAACCUCAAAACUGGGCGUUUAGAAAGUCCUUCUUGUACGAACUGUGCGAAGUGUACAGCCGCUUCCAUAACAAGAAAAACAGAAUGAUAUGUAUUACCAAAAUUUUCCGAAAAAUUGUUAGCAGGAAGCAAAUUAGACAAUUCAUAUGCGAAAAUGAUAAGAGGAAAAAAAAAAAUUACCUACGAUUUUUUCUAAAUUUAUCUUUAGGUAUUUUUAUAUACCUCUACAUGCACAGGUACAUCAAAAAGAACUACAAAAAUGUAGAUUUCUUUAUAUUUUUGAAUACCCCCCAAAAUGUUCAGGAUAUAUAUGUCAACAUGGUACCCCACAUGGAAAAGCAACAAAUUUGUAGCUUCGUGAAGUUCGUAAAAUCUCUAAACAUGCGGAUGUUUCAAUACGUGUAUAUAAGGUUCUUUGUGAACAUAUACAAGCACGUUAACUUAAUAUACAGCGUCACUCUUUUGGCGCUAUACAACUAUUUUAAAUACUUAAAUGAGGGCAUGAAGGGGGGAAAGGAGUCACUCUCACUGGAAAGGGAAGAACAAAUGGAGCAGGGAAACCACCUGAUGGGGGUCCCCCCGCACAUACGCGCCAGUGACACAACAUUGGAGGGAAGCAACCACAGCUGUGAAAAAAGAGAACCGAGUGAAACCGUAACGAAAGAGGAUAACGAGGCUAAUUCGAUCAAAAAAACCAUGCAAAACUACCAAAACGGAUUGAAAACAGACGUAGACACAGAAAGCGCUGCACCAAAUAUACACCAAAACUGUGAACGGGUGAAUAGCCCAAUCGGUGAAAAGUCUCAAAGCAGACUGAACAACAGAAGGGAAGCGGAAGAUACGUCAACUUGGAAUGGAAGACAACACUGCAACCCGGGCACCUCUAACUGCAGCGAUAAACAUACCCACGAAAUCGUCCUCAGCUGUUACGUUUACCUUUUCAUAUUUUACCACUACAUAGGAGACACAAGAAAAAGGAUGAAGUCAGAAAUUCUAAGGAUACAAAAUGAUGUUAAAAAAAUGAUUUCCUUAUUUGCUAAAAUAUAUAACAUAAAUAAAAAAGGCAGGGACGGUGAGAACGGGCCCAUCGGUCAGUGCAGCAAGGACGAGACAAUCGAUUUUCGCAGAACUCUAGCAAUCAGCGGCGCCACCACCAACAGCGGAACGACCGAUCCCAUUUCCGAUCCUGUACAUUCCCUAUAUUUUAACUUCAUACAGAUGAGCAAAUGCUACAGAAGCUGCGUAAAAACGAAUUAUGAACUCAUCAAAUCGGUUCACAUAUUCCAUUUAUUAUUAAAACAUUUUUACAAAUACUUCCCCAUUUUGAAUGUAAAAAAUGAUAAGUGCAUCAUAUACAAUUAUUACAACAAGAAUUUUAUACAUUACGCCAAAAAGGUUGAGAAAAAUGGACGCGUCGAAAAUGUAUUUUGUACGGAAGAAAAAAAUAGACAGAGGGGAAGUGGGAACCCCCCUUUGGACGUCUUUAAGAAUGUGAAUGAUUACGAGUUGGAUUUUUUUUACUUCCAUGAAAGGAAGAACGGCGAAGAGGAAAUAAUCAAAGAUUUAGUGCAGAGCAGGGAAGAGGAAUCUUUUGACCAUUUAUUUCGAGCCGGUGAAGGGAACAAGGUUUCGUCUACCCAAUUUUCUCGGGCCUGGGCGGGAGGGCAUCCCGUAAGCGAAGGCAAAAAUGAGCUCAAAAAUGAAGAGCAAAACGAUGAGGCAGACGCGCCGGUGCCCUCGAAGAAAUUAUUCCUAAGCUGCGUUAACAAUGGGCUGGAUGUUCUUCUCCUCAACGCUGCCGCGGAAUUGGGGGGCACUCCGGGGAAAACGCAACAAGACGGAUACACCUCAAUAGUAAACAACUCAGGUAGUGGUAAUAUUUGCGAUUCGGAGGCUUCUCACAACCGAGCCAAUUUUGCGACCCUCAGAAGGAGCCCCAUACGGCAGCUUCUAAGAAGUAAUAUAAAAUUUUACCGCAAGAUAGCCGCGGUGAUGGAAACCUUCUCCAGCAGCAAAUUGGAAGGAACAUUAAAAAAUUGUCUACAUGACUUGAACAGAUAUAAUGAGAUCGCUCUGGACAUCUACGACGAUAGCAUUUUCGACAUUCAGUACAAAAUUGAAAGAGAGUCCAGGCUCGAGAGUGAAGAGUCAAUAAGAAACAAAAAGCUAUUACAAGUGAAAAUCUUUUUGGAUUAUGAAAAACUGUAUACGAAAAAAACAGUUGAGACGCAAACACCUAUUUCUUUUUUUAGAAAAGAAAAGGUCAUUCAAAUUCCAAAGGAUGAAGGAGUUUCCACAACAUCGGAGCAGUACAUACAGUCGAAAAGGGUGGCGAAUCCUAUUUUUUAUUUGAAAGAUAUAUACGAUUAA